AUGUUCACCCGCCGCUUCGAUCCUCCCCAGAAUAAGAGUUUCUCCAAGAGCCAGAAAUUGGGCAAGUCCAGUUCCUCGUUCAGACAAGAAGCCGGAGUUUCGAAGCGUCGCCAUGAAUCUCGUCGGCGUCCAACAACUGCAACAACGCAGAGUAAUGCCGAAUCGUCGCACUCCAACAACCUCACUUCUCCUAUUGUGACCCUGGUCGUUGGCCAGGAGCAGCGCAUCUUCGCAGCACAUGAGAAUGUUCUCUGCCACUCCCCAUUCUUUGAAAAUGUUCUCCAAAGGGAGAUGAUGGACUCGCCGAAUAAGAAGAUCUCGCUGCCCGACGAAGAACCCGAGAUCUUCUCCUCUGUUCUCGAAUAUCUCUACAAGGGCGACUAUUACCCUCGUCUGGUCCACAAUAAGAGACGAAACUCGUGGGAGUUGGAGCACCUGACCGACGACGGCGGUAGCUCGGCCGAGUCCACCGUCUAUCAUCACGGCAUCGAUGGCGAGGUCUUGAAGGACACUGUCAUCUACUGUGCUGGUGACAAGUACGGCUUGGAAGAACUCAAGCGUGUCGCCCUUCGGAAGCAGGGUCUUCAGUCGGGAGUCCAAGCCAGCACCAUCCUGGCGUCUGCCCGAUACGCAUACGCCAAUACCCCGGAUACAGACUCUAAGUUGAGAGCACAUUAUCUUGCCCUCAUUAUCCGCUGCCGAAACACCUUCAAGAGAAGCGGCACCAUGCAACUGGAGAUGUACAAUGGAGGCAGCCAACUGUUCUUCGACCUAUUUGUCGCUCUCUGCAACCAUGUGGAUGACAUCUCUAGUGCUGGGUGA